GGUUCCCGAAAUAGUAGUUGCGUAAAGAUUCGUCAAAUAUGCAGUGCAGUAACAGCAGUUUGAAAGGGAAACGAUCAGAGCCCCGUCGGAGAUACGAUUACGAUCGCUUGUUGAAUUCACAUCCACCACUGUUCCGAUGGCUACAAACAACUCAGAGGCUCAAGGAUCGUCGGCUCCGGUUAAACCAGCUCUUCGAAAGCCGGUGUUUACUAAGGUCGACAACCUUAAACCGGGAACUACAGGUCUGACACUCGUUGCCAAGGUGCUUAGCUCCGAAAUUGUGUUGCAGAAGGGACGUGCUGUGUCUCCUAAUCUCCGUAAUGUUCGCAUUGCUGAAUGUCUCGUCGGUGAUGAAACCGGAACCAUUCUCUUCACUGCUCGCAACGAUCAAGUUGAUCUUAUGAAACCUGGUGCUGGUGUCAUCAUUCGAAAUGGAAAGAUUGACAUGUUCAAGGGGUCGAUGAGGCUUGCUGUUGACAGGUGGGGUCGUAUUGAGGUAACUGAUCCUGUCACAUUUGAAGUUAAAGAGGACAACAAUCUUUCUCUUGUGGAGUAUGAGCUUGUAAGUGUUGCCGAAUAGGUAACCCAUCUUUCUUAUGCUUAAUUAUGCUGAUAGCCUGAUAUACUACGGGUAUGGAUCAGAAUAGAAACAUGGAUCUCUCCGCUUUAUUAUCAAAAACAUAUUACUAUGGUGGGAUCUUGAUUGGGGGAAUGUUUUGGCUAUUCUGUUUAUACAUAUAUCAUAUAACUAUUAGAUCUUCA